GCGCACGCGCGAAGAAACCCGGCUCCUCGAUCAACGCUGAUGCGACGUGCGACGUACUCCGUUCUUCGUUCUUGAUCGUUCUCGGCGAAUAUCACGCUUUUAAGAGGCACAGAAGCGUAUCUUCUCUGUAACCUACUCGAGAAUCCGACGACGAAACAUGACGAAAAACAUGUUCUCGAUGAGGAAGCUGGGGAUGGAGAAUGGCGACAGCCGCGGGGCCCAUGGCCAGGCGUAUAAGGACAAGAGCAAGCCCGCGGACAUUCGCAGCAGCAAUAUUAAUGCUGCCAAAGCUGUCAGCGAUGCAAUACGUACAAGUCUUGGACCUAGAGGCAUGGACAAGAUGAUUCAAGCUAGCAACGGAGAAGUUACUAUCACUAAUGAUGGUGCCACUAUCCUGAAAGAGAUGAACGUGAUCCAUCCCGCUGCAAAAAUGCUCGUCGAGUUGUCAAAGGCUCAGGACAUAGAGGCUGGCGAUGGUACCACGAGUGUUGUUGUGAUAGCUGGAUCACUGUUAGAGGCAGCGGAACGUUUGUUGCAGAAAGGCAUUCAUCCCACUUCGAUCAGUGACGCUUUUCAGAAAGCGGCAUCUAAAGCAGUAUCGAUUCUGGCACAUAUGUCCAUACCUGUUGACCUUUCAGACAAAGAAUCUCUUGUAAAGGUUGCAGCAACAUCUCUUAAUUCUAAGGUUGUACAUCAACAAUCCAGUCUUCUUGCACCACUUGCCGUAGACGCAGUAUUAAAGGUUACAGAAGAAGGAAAGGAAGUGUCAGUUGACUUAAACGAUAUUAAAGUGAUCAAGAAGUUGGGAGGCACCGUUGAAGACACUGAAUUAAUAGAUGGAUUAAUAUUUACCCAGAAAUCUUGUAAUGUAAAUGGCCCGAAACGUAUUGAGAAAGCUAAAAUUGGAUUAAUUCAAUUUUGCAUUUCACCACCAAAAACUGAUAUGGAUCAUAACGUUGUUGUAUCUGACUAUGCAGCGAUGGAUCGUGUUUUAAAGGAGGAACGUGCCUACAUACUGAAUAUUGUAAAACAGAUCAAGAAAUCGGGUUGUAAUGUGCUUCUCGUGCAAAAGUCGGUCUUGCGCGACGCUGUCAGUGAUCUUGCGAUACACUUCUUGGAUAAAAUUAAGGUCAUGGUGGUAAAAGAUGUGGAGCGCGAGGAUAUUCCUUUCGUGUGUAAAACACUGGGUUGCAGGCCAAUCGCGUCGCUGGAUCAUUUUGUGCCUGAAAAUCUUGUCAAUGCGGAGCUCUGCGAAGAAGUUCAAACUGGAAAUUCGAAAUUUGUCAAGAUCACCGGAAUCCAAAAUCACGGGAAAACAGUCACGGUUCUCGUACGUGGUAGUAACAAAUUAGUAUUAGAAGAAGCUGGGAGAUCACUGCACGAUGCCUUGUGCGUCAUUCGAUGUUUAGUAAAGCAACGAGCGCUGAUUGCCGGUGGUGGAGCACCGGAGAUUGAACUGGCAAUAAAAUUGGGAGAAUACGCAGUGACCUUAGGCGGAAUUGAUGCAUACUGCAUUAAAGCCUUUGCAAAUGCGCUUGAAGUGAUUCCGUCGACGUUAGCCGAAAACGCGGGUUUGAAUCCGAUAGCCACUGUAACCGAUCUUCGCAAUCGACACGCGAAGGGUGAGGUAACAGCGGGAAUUAAUGUUCGGAAAGGCGCCAUCACUAACAUAUUGGAAGAGAACGUAAUUCAACCACUACUAGUUUCUACCAGCUCGAUAACUUUUGCUUCUGAAACUGUAUGCAGUAUACUGAAGAUCGAUGAUAUUGUUAACGCGAUUCAAUAAAUCAUGGAACAUAAUUUAAAAUUAAUUCCGUAUUUUGCAGUUUCUGCGGAAUAUUUCUAUUUUCAAGAUCAGGCAAAUUUUUUGAUUGUGCGUACCAAGUUCGGCAUGUGUUGCUUAAAUUUCGGGUGACUCAUGCCAAUGUCUUUGCUUUGCAGAGCAUCGGCAUGAGCCCGCAAUCGCCUAAAGUAAUUUCUUGAAAUAACCGAGAAAAUUAUAUAUUGUCAAAGUAUAUAGUGUAUUAAAUAAAUAGAAAACUCAGUAAAACAAUCUUUUCAUGACUAUUUGCUUAGUUCAUUUUUUUUUUCUUUUUUUCUUCAAAAGAAUACUGCUCGACGAAUGUCUAUCCCAUGGUAACUGGAGGUAUAAUUUUUUAAAUGUGCGUGUAAUAAAACGAUAAAUUUUACGCCCAUUUUAAUCGUGGCUCUUGCAAUUCUCCCUCGCACUUCCUUUUUCUACUUUCUUGAAGGUGGAAAACUUUCAUAAUGAUAUAUUCUUUGUUUAAACAACGAGAAUAACAAUUUUGAUUUUUGGGAAAAAAAUAUAUUUAACAUAUAAUCGGUUGCAAAAUAUAAUAUUGAAUUCAAGAAAUUGUAACGUCUCAUGACCCUGUCAAGAUUAAUAGAAAGAUCUACUCCAAAUUUUUUUAUCUUGUUAAAGGAAGAGGUCGUCGUAAAUUUGGAUCUUGUAAAUAUUAAUAUUUGUAUCUAAAAAAGAUAUAUACAUAUGUAUGAUCCUCUUAACAAUUUAAUCGAAAUAUAAUCUCAUACAAUAGAGUUCUGGCCAAGUAUAACUAAACAUUAAGUACAUCUUGCACAUAAUAAAAUAUAUAUUAUCUAUAUUGAAAUAUAUUGCAUUUUUAUUUUGCGUUAUAAAUCAACUGCACAAUCAUAUUCAUUGCUUUUAAACCCUAAAUUGGAUCCUAAUAAUAGUCGUAAAUGCGAUUAAGUACAUUUAUAUGGUAGC